GUACUGAUGAGAGAUCCAGUUGUCACGGGGGCUGCCAUGGCUUACCAUCCUUUUCAACCUCAUCGACCGGCCCCGUUUCCCAUGUCAGCCUACAUUGCCGCUUCUCAGCCCUCGUUUUUCCCCGCGUUGACAUUUCCCGAGUUCAGCUCCAUGUCCAAGCCUCUCCCGGAGCAGGCUGCCUCCGAGGCUGCGGACGUCGGGCUGCACGCAGCGCUGGGACACCAGCAUCACCCAAGCCAUCCUCGCUCCUUUAACAGCUUGCAGCCAGAAGAAGGGAUGGAGGAUGACCCGAAAGUCACUCUGGAGGCACAGAAUUUAUGGGAUGAAUUUCACAAAAUGGGAACCGAAAUGGUCAUCACGAAAUCGGGAAGGAGGAUGUUUCCCCCUUUCAAAGUUCGCGUGGCUGGGCUGGAUGAAAAGGCAAAGUAUAUCUUGCUGAUGGAUAUUGUAGCUGCUGAUGAUUGUCGCUACAAGUUUCACAACUCCCGCUGGAUGGUGGCUGGCAAGGCCGACCCAGAGAUGCCUAAGCGCAUGUACAUCCACCCGGACAGCCCGUCUAAAGGAGAGCAGUGGAUGUCCAAACCUGUUGCUUUUCACAAACUUAAAUUGACCAAUAAUAUUUCGGAUAAACACGGAUUUACAAUUUUGAAUUCCAUGCAUAAAUACCAACCCAGAUUUCAUGUUGUGAGAGCCAACGACAUAAUGAAGCUUCCUUACAGCACAUUCCGGACUUAUGUUUUCCCAGAGACAGAGUUCAUCGCAGUCACUGCCUAUCAGAACGAGAAGAUCACACAGCUAAAAAUUGACAACAAUCCCUUUGCCAAAGGAUUCAGAGACACGGGAAAUGGGAGAAGAGAAAAGAGGAAGCAGUUAACCCUUCCCUCACUGCGCAUGAAUGAGAACCAGAGCAAAGUGGAGCGGGAUGGUGCCGAAUCUGAUGACUCCUGGUGUGAACAGCCCAGUUCCAGUGAUCCCAUUCACUCUCCACUGGAAGUCGUGAGCAGCCCACUGUUGUCCAACUCAGCCAGUCAAGAUGAGAACAACAUUGGAAGCGAUCCAGAUAUUGAUCCAGAUAUUGAGGAUGAGAACGCUACUGGAGCCAGCUGCUGCAGGCCUGAACGUACAUCUCCUUUGCGCCCCAAGAGUAAAGAAAGACCAUGGAACAGGUCUGGUCUUGGCAAGAGGAAUGAACAUCAGGACUCAACAGAGGAAAACCCAUUCUAUAAAAAACACUCCAAGGAAAUGGAUUCUUCAAAGAGGGAUUUAGACAGUGGCAUCUUGAGUGAAGUCAAAGAUGUUUUUUUGCCUCUGACAGCACAAGCGCAGACUUCAUCAUCCCUCACUGCUGGUCACCUUCACACCCUUGCUUUCUCAAGUUUGCACAAUCAACAGUUUUUUAAGCUUGGACAACCCUUGUUGUUUCACCCUGGACAAUUUUCAGCAAAUCCAGAAGCGUUUUCCACUGUGGGCAUGGGACAUCUGCUUCCCUCUUUGCCUGGGACAAACAGAAUGGAAAAUGGAGGUCUAUCUUCUCAAAACAUCAGCUGUCCGACUCCCUUCAUGUUCCAUCUGUCACCGCAUAUGUUGGCAUCUCAGGGGAUCUCCAUGUCACCCUUUGGAGGACUGCUCUCAUAUCCUUAUCAGUACAUGGCAGCACCUGCCGCAGCAGCCCCAGCUUUCUCCCCCUGCUCUGCCACCUCUCCCCUGGCCAGAAACCGCUGUGUGAGCAGCCCUCGUUCUUGGGUCCGAUUCAGCCCUUAUCAGAUUCCCACAUCUAAUUCCUCAAGCCAAAAUCUGCUAACUGCCACCACAAGACUGCAUGGCAGUUUAAAUGGAGGACCUGAGUUGUUCAAAUCAGGCAGCAGAGAGUCGAGUUCAAUGUCGGAGAACUGCGGUUACAGGGCUGGGGCCAACCAGAAGACUGUUUCACCCAAAACCGGCGUUAAGGGUUCCAGUAAUGAGCUUCAAAAUAUACAAAAACUGGUCAGAGGACUUGAGACACCAUGCCCUCCACAAUAAACUCUCGUAGAUGAUCUGUUCUGGCUAUAGAUGCAGUGGAUAUGGGUUGAUGGGAUUUGAUAUGAUUAACAAGAGAGCACUCUUAAGUUCCAAAAGGCACAUAUAAUAGUUGCCUAAAGUGAGUAUAUUUUCUUGUCAUAAAAUGUACAUUUUUAUAAAAGGUGCAAAUGAAAUCCUCAUUAUAUCCUCCUUCAUUGCAAUUGGAAACGCUGUCAGUAAAGUAAGAGCUGCGUUUGCGAAAGUAAAUUAAAUUUGAAGGUUUUUAAAAGGGACAAAAUGAAAGAUUGAAGCAUGGAGGUUCUUGGGGAUGUGCUGUGAAACACUCAAAAAGACUGUUUUUUAGGUUCUAUAGAUUAAUAAUGUACUUUAAAUGUGAAUAUUACACAGCAUUUUAUUAAUUUAUUCUGUACAAUUAUGUGAAUAUCUAGUUCUUUUUUUAACAUGAAAAAUAUAAGACCAGCACAAAAGCCUUCAGAGCCUUUUAAAUCACAUGUUUGUAAUAGGUCACUGUUUAUCCUGCCAGUAAGAUAUGAAUAAUUGUAUACCGCUUGUAAACAAUUUCACAUUUUGUUGAUUAAACAAUGCAGCAAUGUGGAGUUGGAAGGAAAACUCAGGAUUUUUUUUUGUUCACCAGCACUAAAGAAAAUUCCUUUGAUGAAAGUGAUUUGGCAGGUUUCCUGCCAGUUUAUUCAGGUAAACUGAUUU